GUUUGCGCCACCUUGGGAACUACAGGUUCAUGUUCUUUUGACAAUUUAGAAGAGAUCGGUAUAGUGUGUCGUGAUUUCAACAUCUGGCUCCAUGUGGAUUCCGCCUAUGCUGGCAGCGCUUUCAUUUGUCCUGAAUUUCGUACUUGGCUAAGAGGCAUCGAGCGUGCAGAUUCAAUCGCUUUCAAUCCAUCCAAGUGGUUGAUGGUACAUUUUGAUGCGACAGCAUUGUGGAUUAAGGACAGCACCGCCGUACAUCGCACUUUUAAUGUGGAGCCGCUCUAUUUGCAGCACGAAAAUUCGGGUGUCUCCAUUGAUUAUAUGCACUGGCAGAUACCGCUGAGUAGACGCUUUCGCGCCUUGAAAGUUUUCUUCGUUUUGCGCUCGUUCGGCAUCAAAGGCUUACAAAAGCAUAUACGUGAAGGAGUGCGAUUGGCGCAAAAAUUUGAAGCGUUGGUGCUGGCCGAUCACCGUUUUGAGAUACCAGCAAAACGUCACUUGGGCAUGGUGGUGUUUCGGAUCAAGGGUGAAAAUGAAAUCACCGAACGUCUUUUGAAGCGCUUAAAUCAUCGCGGUAAUCUUCACUGUAUACCAUCAUCGUUAAAGGGCAAAUAUGUUAUACGAUUUACGGUAACAUCUACUAACACAACUGUCGAUGACAUAGUAAAGGAUUGGAAUGAGAUAAGACGUGUAGCCUCUAUGAUACUUGAUGAGAUGAAUAUUACAAUAUCGAAUAGAAAUAAGGUUUACUUGAAAGAUGCUAAAGAGAAAAAUGAAGCUUUCGGCUCUAGUCUACUACUAUCAAAUUCACCACUCUCGCCGAAAAUCGUCAACGGUUCAUUUGCAGCCAUAUUCGAUGCAGAUGAAUUUUUGGCCAAAACUUAUGCUGGUGUGCGAAUUGCUCAUCAGGAAUCACCAUCGAUGCGGCGACGUGUACGAGGUAUUUUAAUGUCUGGCAAACAAUUCUCAUUGGACUCUCAUAUGGAUGUGGUUGUGCAGAGCUCUUUCGAUUCCGGUACCAAUAAUUCAAGUACCGAAGCAAAUGGCACGGCAUCACCAGUGAAGAAAAUUAAAAAUCCAAAUCCUAUAUGUGAGGAUAGUGAAGAGUCCACGGAAGAUUAUCCAACGGCUAGACGCAGCGCAACGCCGCCCGCCUACUCCACGACGAAGAUCGCAGCUGAAUAUCUAAGUCAACAUUCCAUCACCUCUCCCAGCACACCGCUACCAUCGCCACGACACAAAACUACCGCCACGCAAACAUCACAAAACCCCUAUAAACCGUUGCACGCUACUGUGGAUGCAGUUUCCGAUGAGAUAGCCGACGAUUUGUCCUCUGACCGUAGUGCAUUGGAAAAAUCAAAUGCACAGUUAGUUGCUGCGACUUGCAAACUACUUCUCGCCAACACACAACCAACACUCGCGCCAACUUCAUCAACUGCACCAGCUUCGCUGCGUACCACACCAUCGCCGCCACCGCCACCGCCACCGCCAGCAUCUGCCGCAGCGCAACCAAAUGUGGAUAACAACAAUUCCACACAACAAUUGCAAUCGCAAGCGCGUAUGUUCAUACGCGCGAAUACCAUGCAGGAAGUCUAUCAUGGCAAGCGCUACCUGGAGGCGGGUCUAGCUGUGGCACCCUACAACAAUUACUUUGCUAACACUAUAAUAAAUGCGGGAACACCAAGCGGUGGCGCCACACCGACCACACCUAGCAGCGCUGAUACACCUGACGCCGAGUCGCAGUGGACCGCGCUAUUUCACAGUUUCGAUACUGCACCUGCGGUUUCGGUGCGCAGCGCUAGCGCUAUACCAGCGCGUCUUACAAAUAUGGAGAGCGCUUCAAUGCGUUCCACUUCGACGCUACCCAGCAUCGAUGAAAGCGCAUCCGAAUGUAUGUCCAUAUCAUCCGCGUCAACGCAAGCUGAGACGUGUAGUAUGCCAGCGCAGCUGUUGUCCAAACGACAAAACGUACCACGAUUCUAUAGCGCGCCCACUGGUCGAGCGACCGCGAUGGCAACGACGAUGACGCCGGCGGUGGCUGUGGGGUCGGCCGCAGCGACGUUGGCUUCAUUUGCAGCGAAUGCUGCAACGCUCUCUGAAGACGAAACGGAUGCGGAUGCGUGGCAGGUGGCGUGUUGUGGCAGCUCGGAAGAAUACUCCAUCACAUCAUCGGGUGUACAGUCGCGUUCCUCGUCGUUAGAUCUAGGCUGAUUUUGGUUGGACGCUUGCUCGGAAGUGAGUGAAGAGAAGGAGUGAUAGAUAAGAACUUGAUUUAAAUUAGGAUUGUUAAAUAUAGCGCAUAGUUAUAGUGUAUACAUACAUUCUAUUAUUGUAUUUGGUAAAGUUUGCUGUUGACUUUGGACGGAACUUAAGGAAAGAUGUAUGUAAUUAUUAGGCAAAAAUGGAAUGGAAUUUUAACCAUAUUUUAAGAAAAUAUAUAAAAAAUGCUAUUUCUUUAAUGAAAUUUAAAGAAUUGUCAAUAUUUAUGUAUGUGAUCGUAUUAUUUCUUUGGUAUGAAUCGAAAAUUUGGGACUUGCAAAAAAAGAAUCUCAAUAUUUUCGAUUCGUACAAUUUAGUCCUAUCUGGAUUUUUAUUUUUAUAGCUCAAUAUUCUUUUAACUUUAUUUCAAUUUUAGUUUACAUAAAUGGUAUUUAAUUCUACUUAUUUUAAUUAAUUUUUCAUUUUAAUUAAUUUCAUUUUUUUAUUUUAUAAAAAUCUAUCAGAAGAUAUUCGUAUUUAAAAGGUUACAUACAUUUGUAUUGGAAGGGUGGAAAAUCUUCUGCUGUGCUAGCAAUAAAUAAUUUGGAAAAUCUACAUUAAUCGUAGCAAAAAAACGCAAAAAAAAAAUACUUCAAUGAUAAACUAAUUCAAUUUCUGUUUAUGUCUAUACAAAUAAAUAUUACGCUGAAAACGUAUAAUUCUUGAACAAACAGUAUAUCUAAAUAUAUAACUUUGAAAAAUAUUUCAAUCCAAUUCCGGUAAAGGACUUGAUGGCAUUAACACUUAACGAAGAAUAUCUUAUAACAAGUGUUAAUGCUAAAUAUAUACUAAAAUAAUCACUAUAUUAUACUCUAUAUACAUACAUACAUAUUUAUUAAUUGUUGUAUGAAAAUACAUACUAAAAUAUUCAGCAAUAUUCCCCAUAUAUUAUACUCAUAUGUAAUCUAUAUAAAAUAUAUCUUAUCCCCCUAAAAGUGAAUAACAUUUAUGAAUAUUACUGGCAUAUAAAAAUUUUUUUCCUAGAAAUCCAAUGCAACGAACAUCUUUGCGAAAUGAACACUGAUUAUUAGUUAAGAAUCUUAUGAAUCUAAAUACAUAAUAAACAUAUAUACAUAGUUGUAAGCAACAAAAACAUGUUCACUACUGCAUACAAAUAAAAAUAUUCAUAAAUCCAUAAGUAAAGUUAUAAAAACAUAAUUAUAAAUAGUCUGCAUGCUGCAUAGAUAUGUAUGUAUCUACGUUUACCAAAGAACUAAACUACAUACAUGUACAAAUAUGUAAAAAAAUGCUAAAAAAAACUAGAAAAAAGCAAAAACAAACAACAAAAAAAUGCCAUUUUAGGCGUAUAAAAUCGUAUAAAAGAUUUUUUAGCUGUAAAAAAAAAUAGUUUGAGUAAAUACACAGCAGAAAGAUAUUAAAAAAAAAAUAAAAGCGACUUGUUGAAUAGUAAAAAUUUCAAAACCAAAAUGUUACAUGAUUUAAAAAUUUCAAAAUGAACAAGCCACACUUUUCUGAAUGUACUAAUAUUAUAAUCAAAGUCGACAACACUCCAAAUACAUAUUUUUAAAAAACUUAAAUUGUGCUUUUAAAUGUAAUUGUGUAUAUGCUCUACCAAAACGCCAAAAAGAAUGUUAUUUUAAAAUUUCAUGAAAUAAAAGAAGAAUCUCUAUACAAAUACUUAGUAUGUCCAAAUUUGAAAAUAAAUGUAAAACUAAAUCAAAAA